CCAUGAGGCGAAUGACAGUCGCCGUGGUGCUGGCAGUGGAAGUGGUAGUGUUCGCAGCAGCCCCAACUCUGCGGGCAGAUCCCGCGGGGAGAAUGACAGUGAGGCUCUUGUGCUGCACUGGUUGAGGACGGUCGCCCCGUCUUCUCCGAUUGCGGAGGAUCCCAGUGAAACGUGGCAGGCCCGUGUGGCAGAAGUUCUUCGACGGGCGCAUGCCGCAGUGUUUCUUCUGGAGAAGCAACGGGAGGAAGAUGGCGGCCGGCUUACGAAAUGCUACGAGAACAUACAGCGGCUGCAGCAGGAACAAAUUCGGCGGGAUGGAAAUCCGGCACAGAGGAGAAAAGGAUUGAGGAAGAGCGGCAGCGGGGAUGAUGACGACAACAACGACGAGGCGUCAAUGCUGGCAAACGUCGUUCUGCAGGAGAAUCGUGCACUGAAGAAGCGUCUCAAAGUGCUACAGGAGUUGAUGGAGAAGGAGCGGGUGGCGUAUGAGUCUCUUCGCAUCGCGUCGUCCGGAUUGUUCCCCGGUGAUGUCGCCCUUCCCGUGGGGCACACCACCGCCGUCGCUGUUGUAGGAAACGAUGGGGAAGAAAAAGGAGGCGGUGGUGUUGGUGGUGGUGCAAAAGUGACGGUGGCAGCGUACCAACAGCUUAAGGCCCAAUACGAGGAGCUGCGUUGCACGUUCAACACCCUUCAAAAGGAGCGACUUCGACACGGUGACGCGUAA